UAUUGAUACAACUCCUAUCAUGCACAGCCACACCUGGCCGGCUCAGUGUGAUGACAGCUCCUUUAAAGCAUGGAUAUUACAGAGCUCCGCCCACUCUGUUCUUUGAGCAGCCAAUCACUGGCAGGAAAGCGCUGUAUGUGAUUGGUGGACUCCCUGUAGGGCUGUGAGGGGGAACUUGCCUGGAACAAAGAUGGCCGCCCGGUGUACUCCAUGUGACGUCACAUCCGCUCAUAGUUGUGUUUCCCCGGCCUUUUACGUGCUGGCUGUGGGAGGAGCAUGCGCAGUGCAGAUCAGUGUCAGGAAGGGAUUUGUGUAACCAGGGCGCCCAGAGGUAGUGGCUACAGGGCUAGAAAUCUAAAGCAGGUUCCUGGUUACUUCUGAUGGAGAUCUCCCGCGUUCCAUCGUUUUCACGCCAUAAAGUGUGAAUGUUUUUGGGGUAAAUGUUGGGUAACGAGUCCAUCUCCCAAGGGAGGUCUCUACACGAGGGUGUGUUUGGUAUUGAAGGCGCUGCCGCUCGUACGCGAAUGGACGGGCAAACCGCGGACGGAACGUUUCCGUGUUCCGGAUACAAGAAUCGCUUCGAAACAAAGGCAGAACCUACCGGAGAUGAGCCGCCCCCCGCCGGGGAGAAACCGUUUGAGUGUCCGGAGUGCGAGAAACGUUUCACCAGGAAGAGAACCCUUCAGAGACACAUGAAGCUUCACACGGGGGAGGGACUCUUUCCGUGUUCUGAAUGCGGAAGGUUCUUCAUCACGAAAUCCCAACUUGAGAGGCACGAGCGCAUUCACACGGGAGAGAAGCCCUUCGCGUGUUCGGAAUGUGGAAAGCGCUUCAUCACGAAAUCAGAACUGGUGAGGCACGGGUGGGUUCACACGGGGGGGAAGCCUUUCGCGUGUCUGGAAUGCAGAAGAUGUUUUUACACGAAAGCCAACCUCAACGAGCACGAGCGAUGUCACACGGGAGAGAAACCAUAUGCCUGCUCUGAGUGCAAGAAAUAUUUCACCACCAAGAUUGCGCUUACCGUGCACCAGAGAACGCACACGGGAGUCAUACAGUUCGCGUGUCCGGUGUGCGAAAAGCGUUUUAACACGAGGGGGAACCUCAACGCUCACCAGAAAAUCCACACCGGGGACAAACCGUUCACGUGCUCCGAGUGUGCGAAGUGUUUUUACACCAAGUCAGACCUGAGUAGACACGUGAGAUUUCACACCGGAGAGAGACCGUUUGCGUGCUCGGAAUGUGGAAAAUGUUUCCACACGAAGUCAGAACUCACUAGACACGUGAGAUAUCACACGGGAGAGAGACCGUACGCGUGUUCACAGUGUGAAAAGUGUUUUAACACAAAGGCGCACCUGAGAAGGCACGAGCGAUUCCACACCACGGAGAGACCGUUUGCGUGUUCUGAGUGCGGGAAAUGUUUUACCGCGAGGACGCACCUGAGCAGACAUGAGAGGUUCCACAGCGGAGAGAAGCCGUUUGCGUGUUCUCGGUGUGGGAAGUGCUUUAACACGAAGUCACACCUGAGAAGGCAUGAGAUCAUUCACACGGGUGAGAAGCCGUUUGCCUGUCUCGAGUGCGGGAAAUGUUUUUACACUAAAGCGCACCUCAAGAAGCAUGAACAAUGUCACACCGGGGAGAAACCCUUCGAGUGCUCGGAGUGUAGGAAAGGCUUCAGCAGAAAGUGCGCGCUGAUUAGACAUCAGAGAACUCACACCGGAGAGAAGCCCUUCGCGUGUCCCGAAUGCGGAAAAUGUUACGGCACAAAGUCAGAGCUCACCAGACACGCGAGACUCCACACGGGAGAGAGACCGUUCGCGUGUCCGGCGUGCGGAAAGUGUUUCGCCACAAGGUCGGAGCUCACCAGACACGAGAGGUUCCACACAGGAGAGAGACCGUUUGGGUGUUCUGAGUGCGGGAAGUGCUUCUAUACAAAGGGACAUCUCAGCAAGCACGAGCAGAGUCACGUGGGACAGAAGCUAUUUGUGUGUCCUGAGUGCACAACGUGUUUUACCGAAGAGUCUUUACUCGCCGCGCAUCGGAGGUCCCACAUGGACGAGAAACCCUUCGUAUGCUCUGAGUGCGGAGGAUGCUUCGUUACAGAACCAGAACUCUCGAGGCAUGAGGACCACCACAGAGGAGCGAUAGAAGCUGGUGGUGCACUCAGAGAUAAGCUGCACAGGCUCGCCACCCAUGCAGACCUUGAGUCCUUACCUCUUAACCAAAUCAGUGACCACAUGACCAUGAACAAGGGUACACCAGGCACGCGUAAUGUCGGCCCUUCUAGGGUCAGCAUGGAGAAGUACGUAAACCCCCUCUUCACUUAUGAUUACGGGACGUUCCUGCCCGUCGCUGCCGUCUUCCUCGUACCGAAAGCCGGUAGAAGAUGGCGGGAUCCUUUACUUGUGAAUCAGGUCCCGCUGCUCGCUCGAACGCACAUGGAUGGACAGACACUAGUGGAAGCGUUCACAUGCUCGGAAUGUGGGGAAUGUUUUACUACAAAGCCAAAACUCACCAAACAUAAAAAAAUUCACAAAGAACCAAAGCGGUUCCCGUGUUCUCAGUGCGGAAAAUGUAUCAGCACGAAGGCUGCGCUCCAGCGACACGAGAAGAAGCACAGCGGGGUGAAGCCCUUUGUGUGUCCCGAAUGCGGGAAGGGUUUUUUCACCAAGUAUCAGCUCAUCAUACACGAGCGGCAUCACACGGGCGAGAGACCGUUCGCGUGUUCCGAAUGCGGAAAAGGCUUCCUCUCCAAAUCGGAACUCGCCAAACACGAACGCAUUCACAACGGGGGGAUACAUUUCAUCGGAAAGCUGGGCGUCCGAGCGACGCACAGGAAAACCGACACGGAGGAGAAGCCGUUCGUUUGUUCUCAGUGCGGAAAAUGUUUGAGCACCAAGGCUGCACUUCAGAAUCAUGAGAAGAAGCACAGCGGGGUGAAGCCGUUCGUGUGUUCGGAAUGCGGGAAAGAUUUCUUCACCAAGUAUCAGCUCAUCGUACAUAACCGACACCACACAGGAGAGAAACCCUUCGUGUGUCCGGAAUGCGGAAAGGGCUUCCGGUCAAAGCCGGAACUUACCAAACACGAACGGAUUCACACCGGAAGGAGGCCGUUCAGGUGUUAUCAGUGUGUGAAAUGUUUCACCACAAAGCUUGCGCUUCAUAAUCACAAGAAAAGGCACAGCGGGGUGAAGCCGUUCACGUGUCUGGAAUGUGGGAAAUGUUUCUUCAGGAAGUAUGACCUCAUCAUACACGAACGGUGUCACACGGGGGAGAAGCCGUUCACGUGUUCCCAGUGUGAAAAAUGUUUCAACACGAAAUCAAACCUCACCAGGCAUGAGAAACUUCACACCGGAGGGAGACAGUUUGCGUGUUCUAAGUGUGAGAAAUGUUUCAUCACCGAAGCAGAACUCACGGAGCACGAGCGCGUUCACACCGGAGAGAAGCCCUUCGUGUGUCCCGAAUGUGGGAAGGGUUUUUUCACCAAGUAUCAGCUCAUCAUACACGAGCGGCAUCACACGGGCGAGAGACCGUUCGCGUGUUCCGAAUGCGGAAAAGGCUUCCUCUCCAAAUUGGAAUUCACCAAACAUGAAUGCAUUCACAACGGGGGGAUACGUUUCGGCGCAAAGCUGGGCAUCAGCGCGACACACGAGAAAACCAUCACGGAGGAGAAGCCGUUCGUUUGUUCUCAGUGCGGAAAAUGUUUGAGCACCAAGGCUGCACUUCAGAAUCACGAGAAGAAGCACAGCGGGGUGAAGCCGUUCGUGUGUUCGGAAUGCGGGAAAGAUUUCUUCACCAAGUAUCAGCUCAUCGUACAUAACCGACACCACACAGGAGAGAAACCCUUCGUGUGUCCAGAAUGCGGAAAGGGCUUCCGGUCAAAGCCAGAACUUACCAAACACGAACGGAUUCACACCGGAAGGAGGCCGUUCAGGUGUUAUCAGUGUGUGAAAUCUUUCACCACAAAGUUUGCGCUUCAUAAUCACAAGAAGAGGCACAGCGGGGUGAAGCCGUUCGCGUGUCUGGAAUGCGGGAAAUGUUUCUUCAGGAAGUAUGAGCUCAUCAUACACGAACGGUGUCACACGGGGGAGAAGCCGUUCACGUGUUCACAGUGUGAAAAAUGUUUCAACACGAAAUCAAACCUCACCAGGCAUGAGAAACUUCACACCGGAGGGAGACCAUUUGCGUGUUCUAAGUGCGAGAAAUGCUUCAUCACCAAAGAAGAACUCAUGGAGCACGAGCACGUUCACAACGGAGAGAAGCCGUUCUCGUGUCUGGAAUGCGGGAAGGGUUUUUUCACCAAGUAUCAGCUCAUCAUACACGAGCGGCAUCACACGGGCGAGAGACCGUUCCCGUGUUCCGAAUGCGGAAAAGGCUUCCUCUCCAAAUCGGAACUCACCAAACAUGAAUGCAUUCACAACGGGGGGAUAAGUUUUGAUGCAAAGCUGGGCAUCAGCGCGACGCACGGGAAAACCGUCACGGAGGAGAAGCCGUUCGUUUGUUCUCAGUGCGGAAAAUGUUUGAGCACCAAGGCUGCACUUCAGAGUCACGAGAAGAAGCACAGCGGGGUGAAGCCGUUCGUGUGUUCGGAAUGCGGGAAAGAUUUCUUCACCAAGUAUCAGCUCAUCGUACAUAACCGACACCACACAGGAGAGAAACCCUUUGUGUGUCCGGAAUGCGGAAAGGUCUUCCGGUCAAAGCCGGAACUUACCAAACACGAACGGAUUCACACCGGAAGGAGGCCGUUCAGGUGUUAUCAGUGUGUGAAAUCUUUCACCACAAAGUUUGCGCUUCAUAAUCACGAGAAGAAGCACAGCGGGGUGAAGCCGUUCGCGUGUCUGGAAUGCGGGAAAUGUUUCUUCAGGAAGUAUGAGCUCAUCAUACACGAACGGUGUCACACGGGGGAGAAGCCGUUCACGUGUUCACAGUGUGAAAAAUGUUUCAACACGAAAUCAAACCUCACCAGGCAUGAGAAACUUCACACCGGAGGGAGACCAUUUGCGUGUUCUAAGUGCGAGAAAUGUUUCAUCACCAAAGAAGAACUCAUGGAGCACGAGCACGUUCACACCGGAGAGAAGCCGUUCUCGUGUCUGGAAUGCAGGAAGGGUGUUUUCACCAAGUAUCAGCUCAUCAUCCAGGAGCGGCAUCACACGGGCGAGAGACCGUUCCCGUGUUCCGAAUGCGGAAAAGGCUUCCUCUCCAAAUCGGAACUCACCAAACAUGAAUGCAUUCACAACGGGGGGAUAAGUUUUGAUGCAAAGCUGGGCAUCAGCGCGACUCACGGGAAAACCGUCACGGAGGAGAAGCCGUUCGUUUGUUCUCAGUGCGGAAAAUGUUUGAGCACCAAGGCUGCACUUCAGAGUCACGAGAAGAAGCACAGCGGGGUGAAGCCGUUCGUGUGUUCGGAAUGCGGGAAAGAUUUCUUCACCAAGUAUCAGCUCAUCGUACAUAACCGACACCACACAGGAGAGAAACCCUUCGUGUGCCCAGAAUGCAGAAAGGGCUUCCGGUCAAAGCCAGAACUUACCAAACACGAACGGAUUCACACCGGAAGGAGGCCGUUCAGGUGUUAUCAGUGUGUGAAAUGUUUCACCACAAAGUUUGCGCUUCAUAAUCACAAGAAGAGGCACAGCGGGGUGAAGCCGUUCACGUGUCAGGAAUGCGGGAAAUGUUUCUUCAGGAAGUAUGACCUCAUCAUACAUGAACGGUGUCACACGGGGGAGAAGCCGUUCACGUGUUCGAAGUGCGAAAAAUGUUUCAACACGAAAUCAAACCUCACCAGGCAUGAGAAACUUCACACCGGAGGGAGACAGUUUGCGUGCUCUAAGUGUGAGAAAUGUUUCAUCACCAAAGCAGAACUCACGGAGCACGAGCGCGUUCACGCCAGAGAGAGGCCGUUUGCGUGUCUGGAAUGCGGGAAAUGUUUUUCCUUGAGGAUCAUGCGGAAUAUUCACCAGAAAAGGCACGGCGCGGAGAAGCCCUUCGCAUGUCCGGAGUGCGGGAAAUGUUUCUUCUCGAAUUCAGAGCUUGUCGUACAUGAACGAUAUCACACGGGAGAGAAGCUUGCGGAGCUUACCAAACAUACAGAGCUGCACACCGGAGUAAAACCCUUUGCGUGUUGUGAGUGCGGAAUUGGUUACAAUACAAGAUUGCGCCUCGUCCAGCAUGAACGACGGCACAAGGGGGAGAAACCGUUUACGUGUUCUGAAUGUAGGAAGUGUUUCACCACCAAGCACGGCCUCAAUCUGCAUCACAAAACGCACAUUGGCGAGAAACCUUUUGCAUGUUCUGACUGCGGAAAAUGUUUCACCACAAAGGGAAACCUGACAAUACACAAGAGAUUUCACAGUGAGGAGAGACCGUUCGUGUGUCCCGAGUGCGGAAAAUCUUUUGCGGCCAAGUUGGGCCUUGUGAGACACGACAGAAUGUGCGCCGGGACCACGCCGUUUGUGUGUCUUAUGUGCACAAAAUUUUUGCCUGCGAAGUCCGAGCUAACUUGA